CGGAAAGUCACAGAAAAAAUAGAGAUGUUGGAAUUUUUGUCUAUAUGGUAUAUAAAUAUUUGCAGUAUCAUGCUAAAUAAUGAUACAUAUUGUCUUUAAUAAAAAAUGAAAUUGAAAACUAGUGACAUUCUACAAAAUUUCGGCAUAGACAAAAAAUGUACGUAUAAAGACACCGAUUUUCUUUCAGUGUCUGUGCGCAGACAAAAAAAGUUACAAAAAGUCAGGGUUAGAUUAUAUAUGCAUAGACACUUUUUGUGUACACUCAGGAUGUUUUUACUUGGACUGUAAUUUGCUGGUCUGGUCUGGUCUGGUCUGGUCUGGUCUGGUCUGGUUUGGUCUGGUCUGGUCUGGUCUGGUCUGGUCUGUUUUGGUCUGGUCUGGUCUGGUCUGGUCUGUUUUGGUCUGGUCUGGUCUGGUCUGGUCUGGUCUGAUUUUUUUUUUUUUAAUUUUUUUUGCAUAAAGAUUUUAUUUUUGAUAUAUAUUAUAAUCCAUAAAUAAAUAUAUUUUAUUCAUUUAUAAUUAAAAAUAAUAAUAUUCCUUCCAAAUUAUCGAAAAUUGGUAUCGUUUUACUUGGAUUUAUUUCAAUCCCAGACCGAAGCAGAUCAGACCAGAUUAUAAAAAUACAGAACAACUCAAACUAGACCAGAUCAUAUCAGUGUACACUAGACUAAUCCAAAUAAAAACAGGACAAAAGAUAAAAUUAGGCAAUUGGCCCAGUAUACUCGUAUAUAUAAAUUAUUGCAAUUGGCCGUAGAAGAGUUGCCGCAGACGAACCCCAGCAACUCCAGGAAGCAGACGACUUAGCAGAAUGAAUGUUGAAGUUAGACGGUCAUGUCUAAUUAUUGCAUUAGAAGAGCUCAGAUCAUUACUAGAAGAUGAUGAACAAAAGAAGACUAGGAUACCAAUGAGAGUGGGUGGAGAAACAGGAGGUGAAUAUAUACAUAGAAUGUUGAAUGGUCAUCCUGGAUUGUGUAAAGAGCAAUUAAGGUUGACGAGAGAAAUGUUCAUCCACCUUGUGAAUAUUAUGGUUGAAAGAAAUUUAUUGAAAGACAGCAGAUUCAUUCAUGUGGCAGAGCAAAUUGGAAUUGGUCUCUAUAUAUUGGCCAAGGGAGCUUCUUACACAGAUGCAGCUGAUGUUUUUAAGCAUUCUUUGAGAACCAUAUGCAAAUAUUUUAAUCUAGUAUUGCAUGCCUUGGUUGAGUUAUCUUUUGACAUAAUUCGACCACAUCACAAUUUGUUGGACGUCCACACCAUAGUUUUCAACAGUUCCUUAUAUUGGCCGUAUUUCAAGGAUUCAGUUGGAGCAUUAGAUGGUACUCACAUAGAAGCAGUUAUAUCAGAUGCAAAGGGGGUGCCGUUUCGAGGACGCAGAGGAAGCAAAACCUGGAAUGUCUUAGCAUGUUGUUCAUUUGAUAAACUAUUCACGUUUGUCAAUAUUGGCUGGGAAGGAAGCGCUCAUGACGUAAGAGUGUGGGUUGAUUCCUUAAUGCAAUCAAAAUAUCAUUUUCCUCAUCCCCCACCAGGUAAAUAUUACUUAGUAGAUUCAGGAUAUCCAAACACACUUGGAUAUUUAGCUCCAUUUGAUGAUGCGGGAAUGAGGAAACACGUGCCAGAAUUUCGUGGCGGUGGUAAACCAAGAGGAGUAAUGGAACAUUUUAAUUAUCGCCACUCAUCCCUGAGAACUACCAUUGAAAGAGCAUUUUCGCAUCUGAAGAAAAGGUGGAAGAUACUUCACAAUAUGCCCAAAAUGAAAGAAGAGCAUCAACAAGCAAUUAUUUUCUCUACUUUUACACUUCAUAAUUUUAUCAGCAUGUGCAAAAUGGGAAUCCCAAUUUAUGAACAUGAAGGGAAUGGAGAAGGCAUGGUUGAUUCAAAUAUGUUCAACAAUGGGCGAAAAGAAGCUAUGAACAAUGUUCGCGUGGAAAUUGCGAAACAAAUUUGGGAAGACGUUCAGAAACCCAGAGCAACGCAUGCAUGAUGAUAUUUAUUAUUUUAUAGUACUUUUUUUUGUUCUAAAAAGAUUUAUAGUUUACCCAUUAUUCAUACAUUUUUUUAUUGUUAUUGUUAUUGUUAUUGUUAUUGUUAUUGUUAUUGUUAUUGUUAUUGUUAUUGUUAUUGUUA